AGAUCCGUUUCUCAUCCGGAGAAAAAGCUAAAUCGAAAUCGAAAUCGAAAUCGAGGGACAAAAGAGAUCUGUAGAAGAAGAUGGAGUGUGUAUUCGGUUUAGUGGGGGAGGGAUUCGCGAUAGUGGCGGCGGAUACAUCGGCGGUUCACAGCAUACUCCUCCACAAAAACAACGAGGACAAGAUCAUGCUUCUUGACUCUCACAAGCUCGUUGCUGCCAGCGGCGAGCCUGGCGACCGGGUUCAGUUUACGGAGUACGUUCAGAAGAACGUGUCCUUGUACAAGUUCCGCAACGGUAUCCCUUUGACUACUGCCGCCGCCGCCAACUUCACUCGCGGCGAGCUCGCCACUGCUUUGAGAAAGAAUCCGUACUCCGUGAAUAUCUUGAUGGCUGGCUACGACAAUGAGAGUGGCGCAUCCCUUUACUACAUCGACUACAUUGCAACCCUUCACAAAGUUGACAAGGGAGCUUUCGGCUACGGCUCUUACUUCUCCCUCUCCACCAUGGACAGGCAUUACCGCCCCGACAUGUCUGUUGAGGAAGCCAUCGAACUGGUCGACAAAUGCAUACUUGAGAUCCGAUCAAGACUGGUCGUUGCGCCUCCUAACUUUGUGAUCAAGAUUGUUGACAAAGACGGAGCUCGUGAUUACGCUUGGCGCCAGUCCGUACAGGACGUCACUACUGCUGCUGUCUGAGUUAGUUUGCUUUAUGCUGUUACAUUUGCUUUUAUUUUGGAGACUAUGUUUCUGACUUCUUUAUUUAGUUUGAGAAUCAAACAUUGAGCAUCAAGCAAAUGAUAUAUUUCUUCA